CUUCUCUUAUUUUCCCUUUACAUAACUCUCCAUCUCCCGCCUCGCUCGCUGAUCCCCCCUCUGCCUCCCCCGCGCCCAGUCAAUGCCCAACAUUCUCAAUCUCAAGUUCAAAGGCAACAAGUCCUUCGUUCCUUUCAGCAAUCUCAACGAUGGCGACUCGCUGACUUUGACCUGGAAGGUCUGCACCAAGGUGGCAAGCGUCUUGGAGCAGGGACAGCGCCUGGAGAACCUGAGCUGGAGACUGUGGCACCUCCAGAACAUCAUGGUCGACUCGGACAACGCCAAGUCCAAGCGCGACUUCAAGAAGCUGUCGAAAUGCAUGAGCGACAAGCUGGACAAGGAGAAGGGACGGAGCAUCGAAGAGCUCCAGGCACCGGGCUUCAAGCGUAACCACUCGACAGAGCUCCUCCAACAGCGCGCUGCCGAGAGGGAGCGUGAGCGCGAGGCGAAUCAAAACGGCCGGCCCGGGACGAUUCAUCGCAUGCAGUUCACCUUCAGCGUCGACCAGCCCGCGCCACCGACCGCGUCUUCCAUCGACGUGAAGAAGCCCGACUUGAAGCCUUCUGCCGAAUUCAAGGACAACGCCCUCAAACGCGGCCGUCCCGCGACCCGCUCAACCGCCAACCACGACGACACGUCCGCGCACAUCGUCGACAAGGACCAGCCGCUCACGCAGCGCGGCCGAAAGCCUGACCCCGCCGCCACGGAUUCUCGCAGCCCCAAUCACGACAACAUGUACUCUGCUGCCUCCCUCCGGUUCCCCACUUUAUUCUCGAACGACUUCGGCCCGACCGCAUUGCUCUACGCUACUCCCACUGCCACGAACCCGAUGACCUAUGGUGAAGGCGUCGGGUCUGGCAACAACCACGACUUCAGCAUCAUGCGCCCUACCAUUGAACUUCCCCUUGACGAACUACUCAACGCCGACAGCCCGAGCGGCUGGCCUCAUACUAUUCCCAUGCAAGAGGACAUCGAGAUGAAGCCAUCGCACCGGGACUCAUCCUACCCUGCCUCCAGCAGUUCUGGUCGCGGCAGCACCGACGAGGACGAUGCCCUUCUCAGGUCGACCACGGCUCUGCGCAACGUCCCCCCUCUCUCUACGCCCAUCGAGGAUGUGAUGCCUCGCACCAUCACCCCAACUCGGCUCGGCGGCAACGGUACCACGGCUUCGUUGACCAACAUCAACGGCAAACGUCCAUCCCUGAGUGUGCGCACACAGUCGUCCGCGCGUUCCUCUGGCCCUAGCGCCACUCCGGUCAACAACGGAGGCUCGGGACCCCAAAGCUCCAACACGGCGCCUGGCGGCGUCAAGGCGGAAUGCUCGAACUGUGGCGCAACUCACACUCCGCUCUGGCGCCGCGGCUUGAAUGACGAGCUGAACUGCAAUGCCUGCGGACUGUAUUGCAAGCUGCACAAACGUCCUCGCCCGAAAAGCAUGCGCAACAACCAUGGCGAAGGUCGCACGCAGAGCGCCCCCCGAAGCGACGCUCAGGAGGUAGUGGCCCAAUGCCACAAUUGCCACACGACUGCGACGCCGCUUUGGCGCAAAGACGACGAAGGCAGGACAGUGUGUAACGCCUGCGGUCUAUAUUACAAGCUCCAUGGCUCGUCGCGCCCGAUUAGCAUGAAGUCAGACGUUAUUCGCAAGCGAGCUCGUCACGAUGCUCGCCGCGUCGGGAAUGGUCCCUCGGAGACGCCCUCUGCAAGCCCAGGCGCCAGCCGCCGCGCGUCACCUAUCACGGACACACCGACGCUCGCACCAGACUCGUCGACGUCGAUGUACAACGGCGAGCACAUGGACUAUCGCCCCUCGAUGCAAUCCGAGCUCAUGGGCGCCCUCGGUGACACGAACGGGUCGUUCGGCGGCGGAAACAACUACUUCUCAUACUCCGGCUUCCCAGGCCCGUAUAACCCGGACUACCUUGCGCAGACGCAGAGUAUUCCCGCUGACGCACUGCCCUUCGCGUCCGGGGAUUUGUCGGACGUGGACAAUUCUGGCCUGGAGUCUCGCACGAAUAAACGGCGCCGCAUGAGCAACGACUCGGCGUCGGAGCCUCCGUCGUCGGCGGUUUCCCUCAACUCGUACGCGGACUCGUUCACUUCGGCGUCGUCGUCGACGUCACAUUCGCAGCGGUCGUCGGUGGACUGGCCCUACGAUCCGUAUGGCGGGUACGGUUUCAACAACCGAAACAACAACAUGUGGCACCCGCCGAUGCUUCCUCCGGACAGCAACUCGCCGCAAUUCAUCCACCCGCCGAUGCUGCCCCCGGACAGCUCGCCGAACGUCUUCCUGCACACGCAGGGCCUCCAGCACGAUGACGAUUCGCUGUUCGCGACGUACCUCCACCCGCCGAUGCUCCCGCCCGACGACUCUCCGCGCAUGGGCGGCCUGCAGUUGCACCCGCCGAUGAUCCCGAACGAGUGGGGCAAGUCUGCGGGUCACUCUGACUCGUUCUACGACACGCCCAUGGUGACGUUCUGAUGACUUCAUGCCUCUCAUCCUCCCGGGCUCCAUCUCGCUCACGGACGCUGUAGCAAGGUGAUUCUUAGCUUACUUGUCUCGGCCUGCGCGUGCGCGGGUACGACUGUUCGGACGCUGGCGUGUGUGUGCGUAUGAGUUUGGUACAUUCCCCGUUUCCAUUGUGGUCUCUACAAGCUAUCAUUCCCUCGUGUGUAGAUGUCUCAAUCACUCUGCUCCUGUCGCAUACCAGUCCGAGCAUCGUCCCGUCAUCGCAUUGCUGUCGAC